AGCUCUGAGCUAAAAGCUACAGUUUCGCCUCAACUCCUGCCUCUCAAUUGGUCGAGAAUGGUCAGCUGACAUUGUCAUAUUGUCUCUCACCGAGCCAAGCCUCGGCUAUAACACUCGGGUUUGUGCGUCUUAACCGGAGAUUGGAAAUUAAUAAUAUUCAAUCCUCAAAGUAGCCCACAUCCAGUUAGGGAGGCAGAAAAGUCGAGGAAAAAACAGAAGAUCCUGGAGAAAGGUGGGGUUGGUUGACACAGACGGGAGGGAGAUUUACUGAGAAGGAGAUUGAAAAGAGACCGAUAAAGAAGUGGGGAGAGUUGGAGAGAGGGUUACAAGCAAGGUAUGAAUUCUUAUUUCGCAAACCCGUCGCUCUCCUGCCAUUUAUCCGGUGGCCAAGAGGUUUUGCCUAACGUCCCCUUAAACUCCACAACCUAUGACACAGUUAGGCAUUUUUCGUCGUACGGCGCCGCUGUGACCCAGAAUCGGAUAUACACACCUUUCUACUCUCCUCAAGACAAUGUCGUCUUUGGCUCUGGCAGGGCACAGUAUGAGUACGGAUCAAACGUGUUUCUUCAAGACAAGGACGUGCUGCCCAGCUGCAGACAAACAAACAUGGGACUCAACACACAAAGCCACAUUGCUCAAGAGUACAGUCUGGAUCAAGGAAGAGCAGGAGCCCAGGAUCAGAAAAGUAACAUCCCGAUCUACCCGUGGAUGCAGCGAAUGAACUCACACAGCGCAGGAGUGGGCUACGGGACGGACAGGCGCAGAGGACGUCAAAUAUAUUCUCGUUACCAAACACUUGAGCUGGAGAAGGAAUUUCACUUCAACCGCUACCUGACCAGGCGCAGGCGCAUCGAAAUUGCAAAUGCGCUUUGUUUGACAGAGCGGCAGAUAAAAAUCUGGUUUCAGAACCGGCGCAUGAAGUGGAAGAAAGAGAGCAACCUGACCUCCACGGUGACUGGAAGUGAACAGACAGGAUCUUCACAGGAAGAGGAACGCAGUGGCACGAUUGAAGAAGGGAAGGAUGAGGACAAAAAGAAAGAAUAAUUGGAAAGUGGAGAGGGGAAAAAAUCACCACAUGGCGAUUAAACCCAACAUAACUACCUAAAAAUCUAUGUGGACAUGAGAACGACUUAACUGCAUGAUGUCUACCCCGCUGCUCUUCAUCUCAUGCUGGCCACAGGAGAGUGAAGCAUGAGAUAUCCAAAUUAUUUCAGCCACAAUUUUGGUCUCUGUGUCGUUUGGAGCAUUGAUGGGGGUUUAUUUUUUAAUUGUUAUUAUUAUUAUUGCGAUGUUUCACCUGUAUUGUCGAAAUAAAAAGAAGUAUUAUUUUCUCCGUUAUUUCCAUGUCAGGAAAUCUGUGUAUUUACCCUCCACAAACUCCAUCCAUCACUGUGAACUCUUUGAUCACCUCACUAAAUACAGUGCGGUUUAACUUAGCUCAUUAUUGUACAUGCACAUUCCACGGCAUUAAAAUAAAGGACCGGGCGGACACUUGAUCACAGUGUAAACUAGUACUUGAAUCGCCCGCAGAAAUGUGCCCUGCUUUAACUCGAAAGUUGCACGGACAGUGUCCAGUCCACACACAAUCACAACUGAAAUGCCUGUAUAUAAUAAAAGCAACAGUAUAAUAUGCAAAACCCGUGGAAACAUGUGCAUUUAGCCGCUUGGUUAGACUCUGCAUUAUGUAAAACUGUGCUUAACAGCUCCAUCCUAUUUUUUUAUACAUCAUUUUACACAACAAGCUUCCAUCGUCAGAUAGAUUUGAACACUAGCA